AUGGGGAUGCUCAUCUCCCUCUCGGCCCUCUGUAGGGUGAUUGAAGACGGCACGGAAGAGUUUAGUGAAGCGCUCAUAAGACUGCACUUCUGGUCCGUCCCUCUCCCAGACGGCAUGCGCCCACUCCAGAGCCUGGCCUGUCAGCACCGAAAUCACCAAGGCCACCUUGUCCCUCUCGGAGGCAGUUCCGGCUUGGAGGCCAGGUGGAGGUCACACUGCAGGAGAAACCCCUACAAUGAGCUGGGGGUGCUGUCAAACCACUACGAAAGGGGCAGGACACAUUGCUGUAAACCCCAGGCCACAGUCCCAGUCCUAGCUCUAGUCCUAGUCCAAGUCCCAGGAUCCAGACCCAGUCCUAGCCCCAGUCCCAGCUCCAGUCAUAGCCCCAGUCCUAGCUCCAGUCCCAGACCAAGCUCUAGUCCUAGCUCCAGUUCUAUCCCCAGUCCCAGCUCCAGUCCCAGCCCCAGUCCCAGCUCCAGUCCUAGCCCCAGACCUAGCUCCAGCCCUAGCCCAAUUCCUAGCCCCAGUCCCAGCUCCAGUCCUAGCCCCAGUCCCAGCUUCAGCCCCAGUCCCAGCUCCAGUCCUAGCCCCAGUCCCAGCUCCAGUCCCCGUCCCAGCUCCAGUCCUAGCUCCAGUCCCAGCUCUAGUCCUAGCUCCAGUUCCAGACCAAGCUCUAGUCCUAGCUCCAGUCCUAGCCCCAGUCCCAGCUCCAGUCCUAGCUCCAAUCCCAGUCCCAGCUCCAGUCCCAGUCCUAGCUCCAGUCCUAGCCCCAGUCCCAGCUCCAGUCCUAGCUCCAGUCCCAGUCCCAGUCCCAGCUCCAGUCCCAGCUCCAGUCCCAGCUCCAGUCCCAGUCCCAGCUCUAGUCCUAGCUCCAGUCCCAGCUCCAGACCAAGCUCUAGUCCCAGCUCCAGUCCCAGCUCCAGUCCUAGCUCCAGUCCCAGCUCCAGUCCCAGCUCCAGUCCCAGUCCUAGCUCUAGUCCCAGCUCCAGUCCCAACUCCAGUCCUAGAUCCAGUCCUAGCUCCAGUCCCAGCUCCAGUCCCAGUCCUAGCUCUAGUCCCAGCUCUAGUCCCAGCUCCAGUCCUAGCUCCAGUCCUAGCUCCAGACCAAGCUCCAGUCCCAGCUCCAGUCCCAGUCCUAGCUCCAGUCCCAGCUCCAGUCCUAGCUCCAGUCCUAGCUCCAGUCCCAGCUCCAUACCAAGCUCCAGUCCCAGCUCCAGUCUCAGUCCUAGCUCCAGUCCCAGCUCCAGUCCUAGCUCCAGUCCCAGCUCCAGUCCCAGCUCCAGUCCUAGCUCCAGUCCCAGCUCCAGUCCCAGUCCUAGCUCCAGUCUCAGACCAAGCUCCAGUCCCAGCUCCAGUCCUAGCUCCAGUCCCAGUCCUAGCUCCAGUCCCAGACCAAGUUCCAGUCCUAGCUCCAGUCCCAGCUCCAGCCCCAGUCCCAACUCCAGUCAUAGCUCCAGCCCCAGUCCUAGCACCAGUCCUAGCUCCAGCCCCACCAACCCCAACUCCAGCCCCAACCCCACUAACCCCAGCUGCACCAUACCCAGGCCCAGUCUCAAUCAUCCCACUGCUGGGAGUGCUGCUAAAUCUCCCCUGCUGCAGACACAACAGGACGCUGACAUCCACACCCAGAUGGCUGUGGAGAAAAGGUGCAGUCAAGCCCCACCAAGCCCCUUUAAUAAUAUCUGCAUGUCCUUCUAA